AUGAGCCACUUCAUGAAGUUGAAGGUGCAUGAAGCUGAAGUGCGUCGGAAACGAUGCAGUGAGCACUUCAUCGUGUUCUUGAACAGGCCUGGACAUAUGGAAAACUUCGAAAUUAAUGAGGACAAUUCGCAACAUUUGGACGUUGACUGUUCCCCAUCAUCAAUCGAAGAAAUCCGAAGAACGAUACGAUUUUGCCCAAGCUUCAAAUCUGGUAGACAUGACGAAAUUGGUGCGGAGUUCCUAAAGUGCGGAAGCUUGAACGUUCUCAAAUGGAUCUAUCUGGUUUACUCCAGCAUUUGGCAGAAGUCGGUGAUCCCACGAUGGCUGCAAAAAAGACGUGAUCAUCCGGAUUUUUAA